AUGGAGUGCACAAAAAGUGGAGAAGACGCAGAGGGGGAGGACAGGAACCAAGGGGUAGUCCACCUGAAGCAGUGGAUGUCCUCCCUGUCUGAGCGGAAAAAGGGGAAAGAGUCAAUCUUGUGCAUUCACGGGAUACGCAACACAACAGGGGGUGAGGGGCUUAGUGGACAGGACCCACAAAAAUGUGAAAAUAAUUUCCCCCCCUGUCAAGCGAAGGGGAUCAUAUAUGAACGGCUGUGUUUAGGAGUUCGCUACCUCGAAAUGGUUGUUCUCCAAGAGUGCAAAACAGAGGAAGGAAAAAGUGAUCUGUAUUUCGCAUGUGGAGAUGGCUGCAUAUACAGCGCUAGUGACCUCCUGGAAGAAGUGGCCAUUUUUCUUUUAGGCAAUAAGAGGGAGAGAGUGGUCCUCUCAUUUUUACUGCGCGGAGGGGGAGAUGCACAGGGGGGGCAUCACGAAGAUGGCGAUAAGGAAGACGAUCAAAAGGAAGAUGACGAUAACAACGAAGACGAAAAUGACGAUAACGCCACCCAACUGCUAGACCUGUACAUGUAUCUGUACCUCCGCCGGGAGAUCAAGCACGAAGAACGGGACCAAAAAUAUCGAGUGCUCUACUUCCUUAACGAAAGGGAAAGACUUCUCAAUUUGGGAAAGUACCAGUUCGACAUUGACCACUUCGCAAUUCGCAACUGGGUUUUUAAUAACAUGUCUUUGCUGCUCCCGUCGAAGAUCGUCCACAGCGGGGGAGAAGAAGAGGAAGAAAAAAGCCCCGACGAAGGAGAAACUUCUCCACGCGAAGGAGAGGCCAGUUUAUGCCCCCCUCGGCAGCAGUGGAGAGUGUGCCCGGAGGACGAAGAAAAGGCGGGAAACGCACUAAACGCACUGACGCCAUUGUGUAUGGAUCCCCAAAGAGAGAACACCACUUUGUUAAGCCUCCCGCAGCAGCAUCACAUGUCUCUGUUCAGAUUAAAUUCGAUGCAGAAUGAGCAAGUGCCAAUUCUGUCUUCCAAAAUUUGCCUAAAGAGGAAAUUACCCAACAUCCUUAUAACCACACAGGGUCUUCACGACUUGGCCGACUCAGAAGAGAGGGAUUCGCUCCUUCCCAGUGAGACUUCCUAUCGAAGAAGCAAUACGAGGAGGUACUGCAUCGAGUGGGAAAGGGACCACCACAGUGAUGGUACUCUCUAUUCAGUGGACACAUAUGAUGCUAAUUUAAAUUGGAGCGGAAAAUUCAUUGGCUCCAACAACCUGCCCUUAAUGGAGUACGUCAUUGAUGUACCCAGAGAGCAUAAACUAGUGAGCUCUCCUUUUACAUUUUUAAAUAAAAAGUUGGUACCCCUCUGCCAAGAGGGAGAGUGGCUUAUAAGGGAAUAUGCCCGCGGGGUGGACACUAACAAUAGUUACUAUGUGAUCAAAACGGGAAGGGACAGGCUCAGGAAGCGAACGGUAGAGCGCUUCUUGGCUCACCUUGCAGAUCAAUUCAGUGCUGACAGGGGACCCUGCUGGAUAUGUAUCCUCACGAAGGAUUUCUCUAUACGGGAUGUUUCCGACGUCAUUUGUCUGAAUUUUUUCUCCUCUGGUGAGGGAGUCAACUCAGUUCAGCAUUCUGCGAAGUGA